AACUCACAGAGAUCCGCCUGCCUCUGCCUCCUGAGUGCUGGGAUUAAAGGCGUGCGCCACCACCGCCCGGCUGCUUUCAUACUUUUAUCAGUCCUGAAUCCCACAACCUGCGGGCUACCUCUGAUCUCCUUGCUCUAAGGUAAAGGCCUAGUUCCUCUUCCUGCACCUCCACCCAUGCCCCAGUGGACUGGUACUACCCCCUCCCAGGAGGGUGGUGGUCUUGUGUAAACUCUGGGUCAAACUCUUGGAGAUCCUGGAUUCUGAGGGAGUUUUCCCUGCAUUCUGCAGCCUAGCUGGUAGAAGGUAGGUAGAGUUACUCAGAGGAGAAAUGCGAGACAGAAAAAGACAUGGCUUUUAGCCUCCUGCAUCCGAAUCAGUUGUGAAUGUUUAUUCCUGGUAGAUCUUCCAAACCUGACUCAUCUCCCUACCUGUUGUCAACAGCUUUCCCUGCUGAUCACAGAACCACAGACCUCAGACCACACACUUACCACAGGUGCAUGCACCAGAGACUCUGCCAUGAGACUCAGAGAGCACAGCUUUAGACUUGACCUGGAUCUAGUUUUGUCCCUGCCAAGUCCCAGCCCCUGAGCUACUGGAGCCAGGGUUGGGGAAGUGCCUUCUGGCUAUUUAGGGUCAACUGAGUGUGGCUGGGAGUUUUGUACACCAGCCAAGCAGGGAAGUUGCUAUUUCCUGUGGUGAGUUUUGGGGCCAAGCAGCCACACUGAGUCUCGGAGCUCCCCGAAGCUCUUCAGGGCUUAGAGCCAGGUAGGAAGAUCAAGACUUAACCAGUGAGCCUGCAGAAGUGGUUAUGCCUGUGCGUGUGAAGAGUGGGUGUUAAGUGAUACAGCUGACCUUGGGGCUGGGGAAGUGGGAAGUGGGAAGUGGGCUAAGAUGGUAAUGGGCCAGUAUAGCAUUGAGUGUAAAAAGGUCAUGAUUCAAUUUGGGGUCCCUAGUACCAAUGACUAUUGACUCUUUGGGCAUUGUUCUGGAGAAAAUAAAGUCUUGGCUUUAUAGAAAGUUAGUUGUGAAGGGUGGAAGGGGACCACAGUCCACUCCUAGGCAAGACAGUGCUGAUCUGCAAGAGACUGAUCUGUCACCCCCUUAGGGGCCUUAGUGGGGUGAGGUGGACAGAAGACCCUAGUGAGUUCGGAGAGGAGCCUGGGGAUCCUGUCUACUUUGAGCAUUGGGUCACAGGGCGGAGCAGCCUGCUUGGGAUUGGGGUUCCUGGUUGGAGCAGAACUGAAAGUGAAAUCGUGGUUGGGAGCUUUUCCCAGCAGCUGACUGCAUCCUGCUCUUCCCAGAAGGAGGCUGUCAACGGAGAGUGUUGCUUCCCAGGUAAGUCCCUGGCUCUUUGUGCCUUUCUCCCUCUUCCCAACAAGUAGGAUUAGAUUGGGACACCGUCAUAGAAAUGCGCUUUGGAGCCGGUAUAAGAGGAAAUUGUUACUAGGUAACAAUAGUGGUGUCUUAAGUGCCGAUUGCCCAGCGUGUGGCCCUAGGCCUGCCCUCUGAAGUACCAGAGGCUGAAACUGAUGUCUGUCUGAGGUAAGGAACCUGAGAAGAUGUGGGGUUGGCUGAACUUUACUCACCUUUUUCCAGAGGAAGUUACAGACACCAGACUUGCUUGCUCCUGACACAUUCAUCAUGACCAUGAGACACUGCUGGAGAGCAGGUGGGACGUGGGGCUCUGUGGGGUCUCCUAAUGGGUGGAGCACUCGCUUUGAGCUUCUCUGGAGCUGCUCUGGCUCUGGCUCCAAUUCAAGGCUUCUUUGCACCACAUUCAGCAGGGCUAAAGGGUGGACGUGGGACGUGGGGCUCUGUGGGGUCUUCCUAAUGGGUGGAGCACUCGCUUUGAGCUUCUGUGGAGCUGCUCUGGCUCUGGCUCCAAUGCAAGGCUUCUUUGCACCACGUUCAGCAGGCCUAAAGGGUGGAGGCUGAAGGGUCUCCACCCACUUUGAUGCCUGGUGACAGUCUAGGAGUAUCUUUCACCACUCAAGUAGCAGCUUGUCUCUGACCAAAGUAGGUGCUAGGAUGCUGAGCUUUACAUCUGUAACUAUCUGUUCCUCAGACCCCAAUUCUUGGUGGGUCCUGCUUCUGUAUGUCCAUGUUGUCAUUCUGGCCAGAGCCACACCUGCACCUCAGACAACUGCCACUGUCUUUACUGGGAGCUCAAAGGACCCAUGCUCAUCCUGGUCUCCAGCAGUUCUGACUAAGCGGUACCCAGCACUGGACGUGAUCUGGCCAGAGGAAGAAGUGCCACUGAAUGGAACGCUGACCUUGUCCUGUACUGCCUGCAGCCGCUUCCCCUACUUCAGCAUCCUCUACUGGCUGGGCAAUGGUUCCUUCAUUGAGCACCUCCCUGGCCGGCUGAGGGAGGGUCACACAAGUCGGGAGCACAGGAAUACAAGCACCUGGCUACAUAGAGCCUUGGUGCUGGAGGAACUGAACCCCACCCUACGAAGCACCAACUUCUCCUGUUUGUUUGUGGACCCUGUACAGGUGGCCCAGUAUCACAUCGUUCUGGCCCAGCUCUGGGAUGGGUUGAAGACAAUCCCGUCCCCUUCUCAAGAAAUCCUCUCCAGCCACAGCCCAGGACCCACAUCACCAGGGCCAGGGGUUAGCAUGAAGCCAGCCACUGGAGCCUGGCUCCCAUCUACUUGGAGGGUGAAGUCUCCACCAUAGGCUCUGCUUGCUUCUCAGCUGAGCCUCAAACUCAAGCUUCAUUUCUACCUAGAAUAUCACAGUAAUUAAAUCAGGCCCUUAGAAUUGCU